UGAAUGCAGUUGUUGGUUCAGCUGCAUGCAGGAGAAGUUCCUGGAAAUGUUGUGGCCCUUCAGGCGUGGAAUUUCUGGAGGGAUUUUCCAACAAAGAGCCUUGACAAAGCCAAUGUUUAUCAACUCACUGCUUGGACAUCCUGUAUUUCAGAACUUACACAUAAAAGUUGGAGACAAAGCUGAACUUAGCAAGGCUUUUACACAGAAUGAUGUAGUUACUUUUUCUUAUUUAACAGGUGACACAAAUCCUUUGCAUUUAAAUGAAGAGUUUGCAAAGAAGUCUAGGUUUGGGAGAACUGUUGUCCAUGGAGUUCUGAUCAAUGGACUUAUUUCUGCAGUUCUGGGUACCAAAAUGCCUGGUCAAGGAUGUAUAUUUCUUUCCCAGGAGAUUCGUUUUCCGGCUCCUUUGUAUGUUGAUGAAAAAGUCACAGCUGCAGCAGAAGUGAAACGACUGAAGGGUUCUGUUGCACACAUUUCUGUAUCAUGUCAGGUCAGAGAAAGUGGGAAAACUGUUAUGGAAGGGAUGGUGAAAGUCAUGGUCCCAGAGAAUUAGAGCUGUUCAUCAUGUGCAACUUCAGCAUAAAGCCAGAACCAAUGUA